GAAAUGGUGCGAAAGCGUCUCGACUACAUACAAAAUCCUAAUAAUUGCUCUAUGGCUAAUAAAGUCAUAUGUGACAUUAAGAGAGGUGGUAUGGGCUCAACUGUCCAUCAUUGGGUAUUUUGCUUGAUGUACGCUUACUACACGAAUCGAACCAUGCUGAUAGAUAAAAGAGUAUGGGCGUAUUAUCGAAAUGUUACUGGUGUAGAUGGUGUCCAACAUUUCGAAGAUGUAUUCCAGCCUAUUUCUAAGUGUAAACUUUCCACUGAAGAUGCCAAAAAGGCUAUCAAAUGGACGAGUCGUAUUUAUGACAAAGACUUAGCUAAAAAUAAUUCUGAUAAGAUUCCACAGAUUAUAAGAUUGCAAAGAGUUGGGUUGCUAUAUCAAAAUUUUGGUAAAGCACCUGCAAUUUGCCGAUAUGGUAUGCCGAGAAAACUAUUUUACGAUGUUGUUCAAUAUAAAUGUGAUCCUGUAGCUUGGUGGAUAGGUGUUCUAGCCCAAUACAUAAUACAACCUAGUAGUGACUUAAAACAAUUGAUAGAUCAAUCUCGAAAAGAAUUCAAAUUUCAAUCACCUAUUGUUGGUCUACAUAUUAGGCGUUCUGAUAAAAAAACGGAGAACGAAAUAUUCGAUAUUGAUCGAUAUAUGAUUAAAGUGAAUGCAUAUUUUAAUGGUUUAUCUAAGCGCAAAAUCAUUAUUAAAAGACGAAUAUUUGUAGUUACUGAUGAACCAUGGCUUAUUGAUCGAUUAAUUACAAAGUAUCCACAUUAUGAAUUUAUUCAUCCUCCGGAAAAACAAUUAACAGCCGAUACCAAUACUACAAGAUAUUCUGCAAUUAAUUUAAGAUUUUUUCUUCGCGAUUUAUACCUGCUAGCCGAAUGUGAUCAUUUAGUUGUCACAAUGUCAUCUAACGUGGGUAGACUUGCAUACGAAUUACAUGAAGUUAUUUAUAGUCAAUCUCGAGGUCGACAUUUUGCAUCGCUUGAUUCAGAUUAUCAUGUUUUCGGA